UUUGUCUUUGGAAUCCAGAUUCUAGCUUUCAAUUCCCUUAAUUCUCCAUUUAAAAAAAACCCUAAUUUCCCCCAUUACCCCCCCGAGCUCUGGCUGAUCUGGGUAGAUUAGCGAGUGAGCUGUGCGUUGAAGUAGUGUCCGCAAGUGUGUUUGGCAAUGUCGGAUGACAUGGUGAUGCAUUUCUCCUCGAAUUCUUCUAAUCAGUCGGAUCACUCUUUGCCCGACAAAAUCGCCAAGCUUGAGGCUCGCUUGACUGGUAAGACCCCUUCCUUGGCGAAGCCACCACAUCAGCAGCAGCAGGUCUCUGUCUGGUCAUCUGCUUCUGCCGCUGUCAAAGUCGUGACUUCCACACCUCCCGGAUUGUCCGAGACCUCUAUCAGUGAUUCAGACGACGACGAGAAUACUGGAGAUUUCUUAAUCCGAGCUAAUACCAAAAAGCGGCAGAAAGUUCAAGAGUCUAACAACUUCGCUGCUGUUGAUCAUGCUGAG